GCCUCCUGUCAUGAGGAAUUGCAAGAUGGUGCGGGUGGCCAGCGUGCUGGGGCUGGUGAUGGUCAGCAUCGCUCUGCUCAUCCUCUCCUUCAUCAGCUACAUCUCGCUCAAGAAGGACAACAUCAUCGGCGCGCCUCGCGCCGCCAGCCCGAGGGGGCCCCGCAUGUACAUGUUCCACGCGGGAUUCAGGUCCCAGUUCGCGCUGAAGUUCCUGGACCCCUCGUUCGUUCCCAUUACGAACUUGCUGGGCCACGAGUUGCAGGACAAGCCCUCCAAGUGGGUGUUCAACCGGACAGCAUUCACACAGCAGAAGCAAGAAAUCCUUCAGCACGUUGAUGUCAUAAAAAAUUUUUCUUUGACCAAGAAUAGUGUCCGGAUUGGACAGCUGAUGCAUUAUGAUUAUUCCAGCCAUAAGUAUGUUUUUUCUAUAAGCAAUAACUUCAGAUCGCUGCUUCCAGAUGUGUCACCAAUCCUGAAUAAGCAUUACAACGUUUGCGCUGUGGUUGGAAACAGUGGAAUCUUGACUGGAAGUCAGUGUGGGCAAGAAAUAGAUAAAUCUGAUUUUGUUUUUCGCUGCAAUUUUGCUCCAACUGAGGCAUUCCAAAAAGAUGUUGGAAGGAAAAUCAAUCUCACAACCUUCAACCCCAGCAUCCUGGAAAAGUAUUACAACAAUCUUUUGACCAUUCAGGAUCGCAACAACUUCUUUUUAAGUUUAAAAAAGCUUGAUGGAGCCAUUAUUUGGAUUCCAGCUUUCUUCUUCCACACAUCAGCAACAGUCACAAGAACACUGGUUGACUUCUUUGUUGAGCAUCGAGGCCAACUAAAGGUCCAAUUGGCAUGGCCAGGAAAUAUAAUGCAGCAUGUUAACAGAUACUGGAAAAACAAACACUUGUCACCCAAGCGGCUGAGCACAGGUAUUCUCAUGUAUACCCUUGCUUCUGCCAUUUGUGAAGAAAUUCACUUGUAUGGAUUCUGGCCCUUUGGGUUUGACCCCAACACAAGGGAGGACCUCCCAUAUCACUACUAUGACAAGAAAGGAACCAAGUUUACAACCAAGUGGCAGGAGUCCCACCAGCUGCCUGCAGAGUUCCAGCUCCUCUAUAGGAUGCAUGGUGAAGGACUGGCCAAACUGACCUUGUUGCAUUGUGCCUAAGAACCUAAAUCUUGAAGUCCCAAAUGAUGGUCUAAAAUGUGCCCAAAUAUGAGUUAAACAUUCUUCAGAUACAAUUCUAAAAGAAAUAUAUAUAUACUCACCCUGAUAUAUUUUCCAUAAUAUAAAGAUGCUUUUUAAUCACCCUUGUCACCGUUCAUCAAAGGGUUUAAGCAUAUUUAGCAAUGCAGAAGCAUUUAUCAAAUUCUGUGGAUGCUAUUCAUGCAGCAGCACAGCAAAGGUGAAAUAUUUUGCUUUUAUACAUACGCUAUGAAAUCUGUUUUAACAUCUUUUCAUAUUUCAGCAUUCCACUAAAUGCCUCUAAACAUCUUAAUUUGAUUGUUCCUUUCAGAUUAGAACUAGAAUUAUGCUUUUUCACAUAUGUUGCUAUGAGAAGUUCAGCAUAUGUAGACUUACCUUGGCCAAUUGAAAAAGCCACCCCAAAACCCCAGUUAAUUGUCACUUACAAGUUCCUCAGUGUGGAACCCCACUUCCACUGCUUGCAUAUUUUUGUAUUUAUUGAAUUUUACAUUUAAUAACAAUAUGGAGAAGGUCAAAAUAUGGCUUGUACCUGGCUUCCUCAUCCCCCCCCAACAGCCCCACUGGCACCAGGUCAGGGGGGAGAUGGAGUGAGGCCAGGGCAGCCCAAUUUCUGAGAAAUGGCCUUGAGAGGGAAGCGAGCACAGUGGAAAUGCAGAGAGUAGGAGAUGUGAUUCCCAGAGUCUCCUUUAACAUUGCUAAGUCCCCAGUCAGACAACUGAAUUAGCAGUCUCAUGUUCCAGUCAAGAACAGAUAUUUGGGGAGAUGCAGCUUUCUAAGUACCUUUGAUGGUCAGAUGGUCAGACUGGUUGCAAAAAAAGAUAAAUCUUAGGGUCACUUGUAUUUGAAAAUCUUGGCCAUGAUGCCUCAGGAUAAAAGAGUCUGUAAAACAACUUUUUCUUAUUAAAACAAGUAUGCUUCAAAGUAUUUUAACAUUUAAAUACUAUUCUGUAUGAUGCUGAGAACUGACUAUACACUGGAAGAAGAUGCAAAAGGCAAUUUAAAAUCAUACCUUAAAAGUGCACAUUUUACUGCACAGCACCCACACUUUGGGGGAAAAGUGACUGCAUCUGGCACACAACCAAAUUGGGCAUACUCCAGCAGGGAGGAAACUUCACCCCUCUGCACUGGCUAUGAAUACUGAGAGUUUUAAAGCCAUUUUGAAAAUGCCCCAUUCUUCCCUAUUUUAAUUAUGCAGUAUUUUCUGGCUUUUACUUUGGCAAUGGGCAUUUGGAGCUGUGAAGGGGCUCAGAUGGCCUCUGGCACCACCAGCCUGGUGCCCACGACUUCAGAUGUGCUUGUGCAGGAGGCUGAUGGCUGCAAAGUUCCUUUCCCAAGGCACAAUCCAAUAUCAGCCCUUGGGCACUGCUAACUUGCCUCACUGCCUGCUCUCGUCACUGCUCAUACAACAGAGCAUGACUUGUAGCAAGCAUCCUUAAGGAGACAUCGCUGUGAAGCAACACUAGUGCUAUGCUGUGCGGUGCAGUGUGAUUUAUUACUAAUAUUGCCAUUUAUUAUUUGUGUUGUAGCAGCAGCAGGGCAGGGAGCACCCAUCUCUGCCAGACACUGUUCCCUGGGUGCUGGAACACACCCAAAAGCAGAUAAACAGAAAUUGCAGAGGGAAGGAAGGGUUCUGCACCAGUUGUUAAUGACGUACAGUGAUUAGUUAUUUCCAGUGCAAUUUGUCAUUGAGCUGCACUGUAGAUACAUGCUGGCUAAUCCCCAGAUCACUUUGCAGUUCAUGGUGGUGUGCAGCCAGGAUCCCUGGGGACAGAGGAGCCACAGACUGCAAUAUGGUGUGGGGCCCUGCUUAAUGGCAGGUGUCUUAAUUAAGAGGCAAGCUAUCAAUUUCCUGUAGAGGAGUGAUCAUUUCUAUUCAGAAAAUUAAAUAAAUAUGAAUAAUUCUUCUGUCCAUUCAAAAUGACUACUCUAGAGUACCCAUAUUGGAAGAUAAUCAGUAAAAAUUAUAAGCUGAAAUCAAAAACCUAAAUUGCCCCAAGCAAUUAUUUAAUUUUUCAUAUUUUUAAAAAAUAUAAGCACCUUUCCUAAUUGCAAUGAAUCUAGGAAGGUUGUCCACUUGUGGAUCUCUGUUCUUCUGAUGGUGCCAUCCCCAGCUGUUGCUUCUUGGGGGGUUGGACUAGAUUAUCUCCUUCCAACCCCUACAGUUCUGUGAUUCUCAUGGCCAUGCUGUUGAGGUCAAUGAAGUUGUGUGGACUCCAGCAUGCAUGGCUGCACCACUGAGUGUGCCUACAUUGUUGAGAACACCACAACAGGAAGCUCUUACAUGCACAGGCUUCCCUUCACCUCUUUGACUUGGGCAAAUGGGGCACUCCCAGUUGUGGUGCAAGGCCCAAGGCAGAGGCUCCUGGGGUGGUCUUGGGGCUCUGCCCCCUGGACAGAGGGAUCAGUGCCAGUCCCAAGGAAUGGCCAUUGCCACCGAGUUGUGCAGAGUGUGGAGAAGGAAGCAUGGAAAUGGCUGCAAAUAUUUGGAAAUGAGAACACAGAAAAAUUAUUGACAAAGGGCCAUAUUAUAUCAUUGAUUUUUAAGCAAAACUCCCUAUUGAUUUUCCAGAACCACAAUUACCAUUUCAGAAUCACUGAUUUUAAUGAGGAGUUCUGCCCCAAAGUCAGUGGUGCAAUACAGCCCAAAGUAAAUUGCUUCUUAGUAUCAAUAUUUUUUGUUGGAGCUGUUGUGGUGUGUAAAACCAUAUUUUAAAUGUACAUCCUUUGUUUCUGCCUGUUUUCCUAGAUCUCUCUGAAUUCUGCUUUUCUUUGGAGACUGAAGGGGAAGGGCAGCUGUGCUGGCUGAGCUGGACUUCUGUCCCAAGCCCUGCUCUCAGGCUAGGUUCUAUGCAGACCCCCAUGUUAGGGUCUCAGUGUAGUGCCUGAGGCCACUGGCUUUACCUGGUGUCCCUCAGCCUCAAGGUACCGUCCAGGUUGUGUUGAUGGAGGUGAGGUGACAGCACCUGUGUCCAGGAGGAAAUGGGGGGUUGGCUUGUGUCUUCAGAGAGGCAAUGAACCAAAGGUGCAGACAAAAAAAGGAAUAAGAAACAGAGGCUCCUUGAACAAGCAUCUUUUCAGGGCAGAAAAUAAGUGUUUUGGUUAAAAUAGCAAGCAUGCUUCUGCCCGGCAAGCCUGACUCCCUGCUCCUGGAUCUGCCAGCUGCAGCCUUUGUGUCCAGGACAGCAAAUCCUCUCUGCAUCCAUUAGCAUGUUAGCUAGACUCUUCCUUCCCCUUUGCUUGAUCCUCAACCUUCCCUUCACUGUCUAUCUAAAUGAAUUCCUGAUGGUUCAGGGAAAAUAUUCACUAUUAUUUCUAGAUAUGUCUAGACAAAAAAAUAUAACUAAAUGAAAGCACACAUAAUGCAACAUGAUCAGUUCUUGCAAGUACAAAACCUUUCAGCUUACAGUGUCAGGAGAAGCUCUAUGGAAAGGGCUCCUGGUGGCAGCCACGAGGUGAUGGCACUGCAGGAACAUGGGGAUGGCCCACAAUGGAGUUGAGGAUAGAGUGGUGAUGGUGCUGGGACAGAGCCAUCAAGUGGGGAAUGGAAGGAAGAGGUGUAUAUGGAAUAGGUGUGUUACCUUUCCUUCUCUUUACAUCCUUGUUUUGUGUUUUAGCUACUUGCAUCUUUUCAGUGAAUGGUAGUAGGAUACACUAAAAAAUAUAUAUAUUUUGGCUACCUGUUUGAAUUGUGGAGUAUACCAAAAGGCAAGUAUUUGUGAAAUAUAGCUAACUGUGAAUGGAGGUUGCAAAAAAAAAAGCAUUUAGAAAACAGGUUUUCUGUAAAUGAAUGUGUCUUUAUUCUAAUGUCUAUACAGUUCAACGCCUGAUGGAGUUGUUUUAAAUAAAAAGAUAAAUAUUAAGAAUAUGGCCAUAAUUGUAAUAAAAGGUUAAUUAUUUAAUGGCCAUACUGAAAGCAUUAUUUAUUUUUAAAUGGCUGAUGUUGACAAAGGGCCAGGGUACAGUCUCAGGUGAAUGGCAUGCAAGGUUGCACAUGUUGUGAAAUGUGUCACAAGCAGAACUACUGCUUGGUCCUGAUCCCCUGAAGUCUCUGUUGGCCUCAGAGCAACCAGGAUGGGGCCUGCUUUGUACCAGAGGAGUGGUUGUGGCCUGCACAGUGCGUGGUGCAUGUAAAUACGUCAUCACAUUUGUGAGUUAAGGAGCCUGGUUCUUGUAAUGGGGUGCCAUAUCCACAUCAUGGCCAUCACUUGUGGAGAAAAAUGUGAUAACUCAUUUUGAAUCUUUCAGCAAUGUUAUUGUUUGGUGUGAAUGUGCCUGCAACAUUGACUCGUGCCAAAACACAAUAUUGAAUGCAUUGUUUUUAAAGAAAAUGUUUUAUUGUGCAUUGAAAGUCUGUAAAACUCAACUGUGUCUGCUUU